GACUCAACUGCUGCUGAUAAAAACCUCAGACUCACCUGCUGCUGAUAAAAACCUCAGACUCAACUGCUGCUCCCGCAGACUCACCUGCUGCUGAUAAAAACCUCAGACUCAACUGCUGCUGAUAAAAACCUCAGACUCAACUGCUGCUGAUAAAAACCUCAGACUCACCUGCUGCUGAUAAAAACCUCAGACUCAACUGCUCUUGAUUAAAAACCUCAGACUCGCAUGUGGAUCACUUGUUCCAGAGCAGCAGACUGACUCGGAAGUCCCGCUCCCGCCCUCUGUCUGUGUUUCUUGAGGCCCCGCCCCAAUCAUGUCUCUGAGGUCACUGGUUCUGACUCCAGAAAGAAUCCCUGGAUUCUUCGUACCAUCUCGCAGUCAGUUCCUCUCCCCUCGACCUCACCGGAGCUCACCUGACCGUACCAGACUUCUGGCAGACCAUGAUGACAUCGGUCAAGAAACCACUCCCCCCACCGACCCUGCCCAGCACCGUCGUCUGCUCUGCCUUCGAGCACCUCGAGUCAGACGUCCGUGUCCUGUGUCUGCAGAUGUGGACCUGACAACACGUGCUGCCCUGUCUCUACCGCACAUUCAGACAGUGACCACGCCCUACGGCUUCAGCGCUGUGCUGGCUGCCAGCCCCUGUACAAGCCGACGGGAGUCCCUGUUUCACCGGCACAAACCAGUGACCGUGACCGUGACUGACACAGAACUGGAGGACUCGUCCCCUCCCCCUGGCAGGUCUCGGGAGUGCUUGGGACCUAUCAGAGCUCUGGGCCUGCAGGUGAUGAAGGAGCUGAAGAAACCUGUGUCUGUGCUGAAGGCUCUGAGUCCCACAGUGAGGAGGAGGAAGAAGUGACUCCUGACGCAGCUGACAGGUGGACCUGGACACCUGUUUUAACAUCAGGGAACUCUGAUUUUGACUUUAAAUUUAAACAUAUAUUUUAAUAAUUAUUUUUUAAUAAAUCAUUUGAUGUGUCA